UUGUUACAGUACAAGUCCUGCGCUCUGACGCUUCGGUAUAGUGCCCUCUCUUCUAUUGCCCUCCACGUCGUAUCCUCCCGAUCAAUCCUCCCUAUCGCGGCAUUCCUUCGCAACAGCAGCCAUCUAUCGACAUAGAUUGCAGGUCGAAGAGCAGACAGCGUGAGGCAAGAGGCGAUACCAUGGCCACCGAGGCGCACUGUGCAUACUGUUUCGAGACCAUCGCUGCGCACUUCGAGGGCAGAAAGCCGCUGGCACUCUCGCAAGUAGAAGACCUCUGGGAACAGUAUCACGCAAGCACUGGCACAGACGCAAUACGGCAUGGCGAGGAGGGAUCUGAGUAUAACAACGAUGAUGAUGGGACAAACAUUCUCGAGGCUGAGGAGUCCUCGAGCGCUCGUCCCGCCGCCAUAUCUCGCUUGCUGAAUCGACAGCCGACUGAUUCCGCUGCAUCCAGCAACAGCAGCCUGCCAUCAACCACAUCCUCCUCCUCUCCUGGCAGCAAAGCCGCUUCUGGCGCUGCGACGCCCGCAAGCUCGACGGGCUCGCAUUCGUCUAUACUGCGACGAACAGAGCCAGGCGAGAAGCAUCCGCUGUUCGUGACUUGGAACACCAUCUCUCGGAGUGGUAACAAGAGCUUGCGAGGCUGCAUCGGAACGUUUGAAGCACAGAGACUCGGGUAUGGUCUGCGCUCGUAUGCGCUGACAAGUGCCUUCGAGGACACACGCUUCUCACCGAUCCCGGCCUCCCUCCUCCCGUCUCUCAGCGUUCACGUCACGCUUCUGACCAACUUCUCGCAACCAGUCGCGGACCCACUAGCCUGGACGCUCGGCAAGCAUGGCAUCCGCAUCAAGUUCUCCGACCGCGGACGAAGCUACGGUGCGACCUACCUACCCGAUGUUGCGACCGAGCAGGGCUGGACGAAAGAGGAGGCUAUUGUGUCUUUGAUGAAGAAAGGAGGCUGGCACGGAAGUAGCAGCUCAUGGCAAAAGGCCUGGCGGGAUGGCAAGGGAGAGCUGGUCACAUACGAGGGCAAGCAGGUUGGCUUGCACUACCCGGAAUGGCGAGCAUGGAGGGACUGGGUGGAUGAGCAGGACGUUGAGGCUACAGGUUCGGCGUAG